AUGUCUUCGUUCAGCAGCAAGGCCCUCCUCGUCAUGUCUCUCACAAUGCGCAAGACCCUUGCCGCGGCGGCGCUCCAGCUGCCCCUCGUCUUCUCGCAGGCCACGCCCGCUGCAUCCGGCAACAUUUGCGUAGUCCAGCCGGGGCCUAACGGCACCGACUCGGCGCCGGCGAUCGUUGAGGCUUUUGAGAACUGUGGGCAUAACGACGCUGCCAGCAGAGGCAAGGUCGUGUUCUUGAACCAGACCUACACGGUCAAGACGGUCAUGAACACGACUGGUCUGAGUAACGUCGAUGUCGACCAUCAGGGCAUCCUCCUGUGGGACCAGAACGUCGAGUACUGGCUCAACAACUCCCUCCCUGUGGGCUACCAGAACCAGAGCAGUGCCUGGCUGUUCGGUGGUGAGGGAAUUACCUGGGAUGGUCACGGGUACGGAACUUUUGAUGGCAAUGGCCAGGUGUGGUAUGACUACAUCAAUGGCACCAACAACUACCCCGGGCGCCCACACUCAAUCACCUUUACUGGUGUGAGAGAUACCGUUAUUGAGAGUCUAAGAUUCGUCCAGAGUCAAAUGUGGACAAUGACAAUCAUCCAUGCUGAGAACGUGCUCUUGGAGAACAUCUACGUCAACAGCACGGAUUUGGAGCACCCUGUCGACUUUGACUUCUCGUCCCUGAACACUGACGGAGCCGAUACGGUGUAUGCGAAUAACAUCACAUUCCGGAACUGGGUCGUCGACAACGGCGAUGACAGCAUUGCCAUGAAGGCCAACAGCACCAACAUUCUCAUCGAGAACUGUGACUUCUACACCGGACUUGGCAUUGCCAUCGGCAGUAUCGGGCAGUAUGACGGGCAAUUCGAGACAAUCGAGAACGUGACAAUCCGCAACGUCACCGUCAACAAGAACAUGCGCUACGGCGCCUACGUCAAGACGUGGACGGGCAACCACACCGGCUACCCGCCCAACGGCGGCGGUGGCGGCCUCGGCUACGCCGCCAACAUCACCUUCGAGGACUUCCGCCUCAAGGACUCGGCGGGCAUCUUCGCCAUCACGCAGUGCACGAGCUACAACUCGGCCUCGGGCGGCUGCGACACGAGCGAGUUCAACAUCCGCGACCUGCGCCUGCUCAGCUGGACCGGCACCGCCGCCAGCGACGUCGUCAGCGACAUCCAGUGCAGCGCCGCGAGCCCCUGCACGGGCAUCGUGAUCGACCAGGUUGAUAUCAUCGACUCGGUCAACGGCACGCGCCCGGCGAAUUACCUGUGCGAUAAUGUUGUUGAUCCUACCGGGUUCAACUGCACUGGUCUGCCGUGGGAGGAGAACCCUAGGUGA